GGCUGACAUUGCACAAUCUGGCGACACGUCCGCACGUGCAUUCCUUGGGAGUUCCCCUCGGUGGUUGCUUAUUUCUAUGCAACGGCGUGUCCCAGCUGGUCCUUCGCUCAGGCUUGCAGAAGAUGGCCGGACUGUUUCAGCGAGCAGAGGUGAUCUUCCUAGCAGCGAUGGGUCUUCUUGGUGCUGUAGACCACGGACAGGCAAGGGAGUUCUGUAAGAAGCAGGACAAGGAAGGGUACUGGUGUGAGACUGGACACUGCUGUGGAGAUGGAGGCUGUUGCACCUACUACUAUGAGCUGUGGUGGUUCUGGCUGAUUUGGAUCCUGAUCAUCGUGCUGUGCUGCUGCUGUAUCUACCAGCGGUACAAGGUGCGCCGACGACAGGAGCGGCAGAGACGACAGCGAGAAAUCAACCUGCUUAUCGCCCAGCAGGCCUCCCUCCUUCAUGCACCUCCUCUUAACCUCGAUGCGAUCCUGAAGCUGCCGUCGUACCAGGAGGCGAUCACACAGCAGAUCGACACCAGCCCCCCUCCCCGCUACACCCCCACCCUGCACAGAGCCGACCGACCACAGCUACCUGUCUCCCAAAUCAGACCAGCUCAGGUCACUGUCACCAUAGAGGGGGGCAACACGCAACACGUCACAACUAGUCUUCACACUGGAGGGCCUUUGCCACUAUCACCUGUGUCAGGUUCCCCGGAUGCCAGAACACCAGCGUCGAUCUUCUCUGAGUGCAGAACCCCGUCUAUCCUGGACAGUUCGCCCUCCUCGUGUAUCGUGGACACUGUCGAGGAGAAGGCUGGCAUCCCGGAUGACACCCCUCUCCUCGGGGCCUGCGGCGACACGCCCGACGCUCCACCAGUCUGUGCAGACAAUCAGGUAGAGACUUGUGCAAUAACCGUGUCAGCAGGAAAUAACAGUGGUACAACACCAGGAAUUGUGGCAGCUACGUGUCCAAUGUCUACAACCUCGACUCAAGACCGCGGGGAUGUCGUUGACACGUCCCAGGAAUCUAUGCAGUCUACAACAGCGAGCGACGGAAAUACCUCCGCUAAAACCGUGGCAGACAGUUGUAACAGACCAGCAGGAGGAAGAUGAUGAUGAUGUGAUAUAAAUUUUUGGACUGUUCAAAGUCAGAUAAAUGAUGAUAUUUUACCCUUCCUGUCCUACAUUCCAAAAACUGUUUUGCCUGGAUUCACUAAAGCAUAUCAGUUAUCUAUUUAAAGGUUUGCACUUGUGGAAAACAUCGAAUAGAUCCCUGUAGACUGGACUAGGCUGUAAUGAUAUUGCCCGGGGGUGGGGGGAACAGUAGACUCUACCAAAGCGUAGUGAUUUGAUGGGUGUUUUCUAGGAGUGGUAUGCUAUGGAGCAGGUCUCUUAAGUUAACUGAAAGAAAGAAAAACCUCCUUUUCUGUUUGCCUUUAAUAUUUUUUACAGGUGAUAUGGCAGCUCUUUUUAACCUCCCUACUGAAGUAGGUUAAAUGCUAAUUUGCAUUGCAUGCAGGGUUUGGCAACAGGGGAGGUUAACACAGUUCGGAUUGAAAUGCAGUGAAACCACUGGAUUCGGAAUUUAGGUUUCUGAUACAGUUAGCUAAUUUGAUUAUUAACUGUUUUAUUCACAUAUGAAAUAAGGCAGACCUUUACAGCCUAUUCAGAUGAUAUAUCACAAUCUAUCUUCUGUUCUACAUUGAACUUGUAUCAUAAAGUGCCACCGAAGUCAACAUUUCAACUUGAUACUCCUGUAUACAGGCUCCGUGGAUAUUAUUUUGUAUAGUUUUGGUAACAAAAAUCUGAACUGAUCUAACAAAAGGAGUGGAUAACAAAUGUUGACUUGCUGGAAGUGAAAAUCAAAGGUAUGUUUUCUAUGAAUGACUAGAAUAUUUUGAAUAGAUGAUCUUCGGAACUGGAGAAAAUAAGUUGGAAGAAUCGGCUUCCUAAGAGAUGUAUUAUAGUAGACACUGAUUUCUAUGGAAUCCUGUGAUAGACUUCACUGUAGUAUAAUAUAUUGUAACUACAUGUAAGUAUAACAGGAAAGAACUUAACGCUUUCUUAUGGAAGGAUAUGCAGGCCUUUUUUUUAGGCAAGUUACUCAUUAUUGGCUUCAUGUGGUACAUGGUCAAAAUAUUACCAUACAAUGCUUCUUCUAAUAGGCUAUUGACUUUCUAGAAGGUCUAAAGAGCAAUAUAGCAGAAGUUCAAGUUCAGUUGAUGAA